AUGGACUUAUAAUAUGAGGAGGGAGAGAUCUUGACACAAAAAGGCGAAAAAUUAGAAGGUGUAGAUAGCGAAUCCUCAUUGCGUUCACUUGUAAGAAUUUCUUAACAGUUCAGAGCGAUACAAAUAGAGAGGAAAGAGUGCGCAAGACAUUAAAGGAUGAAUUAAACACUUGUUCCUAUGCUUGUCCCCUCUUUAACUUCUUAGGCCAUUGUACUUAAGUGGAAUGCAAGUAAGAUGAUAUAUAUUGUUAAAGAAAGAGACACAUCUUUAUAUAAGAUGGAUUCGAUUAAUUAAUAAACGAGAAUCAACCAUUACUGGAUGUGCUGGUGAGAAAUGGAGAAAAACUUAGAGUUCCUUAUUAGAAAGGUCUCUCUAAAGAAAGUCACACGGAAAGGCAUUAAAUUAUCAAACCUUGGGUGAUAACUAAUUAUACUCUUGGAUUCUGUGAAAAAAACAAAAGAGCAUUAAUUCAUAAAUUGAAAAAAGACAUUGAUAGAAUGCAAAACAAACUUAAGAUUAUAAACUAAUUGAAGAAAUGGGCUGUGCUUAAAGUAGUAGAUGAGAGCGAUUUUGCAGAAGUGUACUGCUCGCUCAACCCAACUUAGCAAAUACAUUUUAUGAAUAUUUUUAGAGUUCUUGAGUUAUAACCACC